AUGGCCAAUGAAUUGACUAGCACAGUCCCAUGUGAGAAAUAUAUUGGAGCAAAUUUCCAUGUCUCAGUAACUGAUUCAAGGAUACUUGAGGGUAUUUUGACUGUAAUUGAUCCAUUUGGAAACUUGUUAUUAUCUAAUGUUUAUGAAACCUCAACGGAUAAGUUUGACAAGACAAAAUUGCAUGUUAGAGAAAUUGGAUUGGUUAGUGUUCCAAGGGAAACUAUAGUGAAUAUCAAAGUUGAUUCAAAGACGUAUAAAAAUAUAUUUGGAAAGAGCUAA